UCUUGGAUUUCUGCUGGUGUUGCUGCUGCGAGGACGGCGGGUGGCAGCGGCUAAGAAAGAAGAAAGACGUGGCAGCAAGCGGGAGUCGGGGGUAGUGUCGCCGGUUCGGUAAAGUUCUGUUCUCUGAUUUGGGGAUAUUCCCUGCCCAAAAAAUUCCUGGAAAAUUGACUAGUAUUAAGUGUGAGUAAAAGGUGUCCACUUUUUUUUAAGUUUUGAUUUUAGUUUUGUCUUGGAUAGUAUUUGGCAAGAUUUAGCCUAGAAAUUAUGUAGUAUUUAUUACAUGAGAAUCAAAAUUGCUUUGUUACUGGGCUGGUUUCAAAAUUUAGAACUCAUUUCUGUGUAUCAAAAUAGGUUUUUUUUUUUUGUUUUUUUUUUUUUAAUUUUAAAAUGGUAAACGUACCAUUGUAAAGUGAAAUUUCAGCUCCUUUGCUAAUUGGAGUAAAUGGAUGAUUACAACGUUGUAGCCAUUAGCAAUAAAAAGUUUGGAACUAGGCUGCAUAAGCAAGCCUUUGUAGGGCCAAUGUUGAAUGUCAUGUCAGUGACAUUGGUGUUCAUAUAAAAGAAGACAAAAUAUUCCCUUAGAUAAAAAUUUUCUGUGUUUGACAGUGCCAGUUCAGGAUGGCUAUAAUGCUGCUCUGCCUUUUACAACUUGCUGCACCGCUCUGUAGUUACUCUGUAACUGUACGUUUCUAUCUUUUUUGGUUAAACACUCCCUGAGAAUGAUGAUGAUAUACAUACAUCCGUAUUAUACACAUUCACAUGUGUGUAAGGAUUUCCCUUCAUCUUUGUUUUAUGGGCUGGGCAAAUUUAGUGUAACAUUAAUUUUGUGAUACUUUGAUAUAAGAGUAAGUUCACUAUUUUUAUAAUGAACUCAAAUCUAAAGUCUUUUAUAGUGUAUUUUAAAAGGGAAAACUUACCUAAAUGUUUUAUUUCUACACGUGUAUGUAUAUGUGUGUGUGUGUGUGUGUGUGUGUAUAAGCCAGUUAGUAUCUAUGUACAUUUAUAUACAUAAAACACUUUAUAUUUUUACAUAUAAGUAUGCUUUUAUUAUACAGAUAAUAAAGAUGGGGGAAGGUUUCUGUUUUUUUCUUAAUAGGUGAAGAAAUCUUGAAGACCAGAAAUUGGAUCUUAUUGAAUUUUGGUGUUUUUUUUAACUUUUUCUUUUAUUCUUUUCUUUUUAAAUUACAUUGUUCGGCUAUGGAAGAUGGAUCUUUUUUUUCUUUUUUUUUUUUUAAAAUAACCCGUUGAAUCUCAAGUUCAUUUUUAAAUGAACUUUUUUUGUUGUUUUUUUGUUUUUUGUUUUUGAGGAGAUAACUAACCCUAGCUGUCUCCAGUCUGACAAAGGUUAUUCGAAUGGACUUAAUCUUCCAGUAGUUGGGAGAUAUUUUAAAAGCACAUCCUGUGUUUGAAUUGUGGCUGAGAGGUUUCCUUGGCAAUGUGAGGAGGAAAAUUCUUUCUGCCUCAUUAUUAUUAAUUCAUGGAUUGAGUGUUGGUUCGACCUACAGGAGUAAUAGAUUGGAACUCAGUGAAGACCCAGAUGUUCCUGUUGAGAUCAGCCAGCUAAUGAUUGCGUUUUAAAAGACCAUUUCUGAGAUUGAGUGUUCUUGUGGAAGGUUAAACCCAUUUCAAGAAGACUUGGAGCUGGUCCUUGCCUUGAGGAAGCAGUGGCUUGUGUCCAAGAAGCCACUUCUGAUCCAAGGAUCUACCCAGCAUGCCUAAUCAAGGAGAAGACUGCUAUUUUUUUUUCUAUUCUACAUGUACCAAAGGCGACAGCUGUCCGUUCCGUCACUGUGAAGCUGCACUGGGAAAUGAAACCGUCUGCACCUUAUGGCAGGAAGGGCGCUGCUUCCGACAGGUGUGCAGGUUUCGGCACAUGGAGAUCGAUAAAAAACGCAGUGAGAUUCCUUGUUACUGGGAAAAUCAGCCAAUGGGAUGUCAAAAACUUAACUGUGCUUUCCAUCACAACAGAGGACGCUAUGUUGAUGGCCUUUUCCUACCUCCGAGCAAAACUGUGUUACCCACUGUGCCUGAGUCACAAGAAGAGGAAGUGAAGGCUAGCCAGCUCACAGUUCAACAGAACAAAUUGUCUGUCCAGUCUAAUCCCUCCCCCCAGCUGCGGAGUGUUAUGAAAGUAGAAAGUUCAGAAAAUGUUCCUAGCCCCACACAUCCACCAGUUGUAAUCAAUGCUGCAGAUGAUGAUGAAGAUGAUGAUGAUCAGUUUUCUGAGGAAGGUGAUGAAACCAAAACACCUACCCUGCAAGCACCUCCUGAAGUUCAUAACGGAUUACGAGUGGCUUCUGCCCGGAAACCUGGGGUCACUGUAAAGCAAGGUGAAUGUUUGAAUUUUGGAAUAAAAACUCUUGAAGAAAUCAAAUCAAAGAAAAUGAAGGAAAAAUCCAAGAAGCAAGGUGAAGGUUCUUCUGGAGUUUCCAGCCUUUUACUCCAACCCCAGCCUGUUCCAGGUCCUGAAAAAGAAAAUGUCCGGACUGUGGUGAGGACAGUAACUCUGUCUAGUAAACAAGGAGACGAACCGUUGGUUAAAUUGAGUCUCACCGAGAGACUGGGGAAACGAAAAGUUUCAGUAGGUGGUGACAGUGAUCCUCCAUUAAAGCGUAGCCUUGCCCAGAGGCUAGGAAAGAAGGUUGAAGCUCCAGAGACUAACAUUGACAAAACAUCAAAGAAAGUUCAAGUUUCCAAAUCUCUGAAGGAGCGAUUGGGCAUGUCCACUGAUCCAAACAGUGAGGCAGCAACAGAGAAAGUUACUAAAGUUGGGGAGAUCCAUGUGAAGACACUAGAAGAAAUUCUUCUUGAAAGAGCCAAUCAAAAACGUGGAGAAUUGCAAACUAAACUCAAGACGGAAGGACCUUCAAAAGCCGAUGACUCCACUUCAGGAACGAGAAACUCCUCCAGUAUCCGAAUCAAAACCUUUUCUGAGGUGCUGGCUGAAAAGAAACAUCGGCAGCAGGAAGCAGAGAGACAAAAAAGCAAAAAAGAUGUAACUUGCAUCAAGUUAAAGACUGAUAGCGAAAUUAAGAAACCGGUGGUUUUGCCACCCAUAGUUGCCAGCAAAGGACUGUCAGAGGAGCCUGCAGGUAAAACAAAGUCAAUGCAGGAGGUGCGCAUCAAAACGCUGGAGGAAAUUAAACUGGAGAAGGCACUGAGGGUGCAGCAGAACUCUGAGGGCAGCAGCGGCGCCCAGCCCCAGCCUGAGGGCAUGCCAGGGGCAAGGCGGCUCCUGCGCAUCCCCAAAAGGACAGGUAUAAAAGAAGAGAAGAAACUUCAGGAAGGAAGUGAAGUUGCAUCUCAGAGCAGUGUUACUACAGCAGAGGCUAAAGAGGUUUCUGAUGACACCACAGGAGGUGACAUUAUUAAAAUUCAAGUUAAGAGAUGUGAGACAACGAGAGAGAAACACAUGCAGAAACAGCAGGAGAGGGGAACCCCACAGAAGGAAAAAUCUGUGUUAACGCCCCUUCAGGGAGACGUAGCUUCUUGUAAUACCCAGGUGCUGGAGAAACCAGUGCUCACUACUGUACCGGCUGUCGCUUGGCACCCGACAAAGCGGCCACCCACAAAGUCAUCCCAGAAAGUGGAAGUAGAAACCUCAGGGAUUGGGGAUUCAAUAUUGAACGUGAAAUGUGCAACACAGCCCUUGGAAAAAAGGGGUAAAGCUAAACCCAAAGUGAAUGUGAAGCCAUCUGUGGUUAAAGUUGUUUCAGCCCCUAAAUUGGUCCCAAAACGCAAGGCAGUAGAGGUCCACCCUGCUGUCAUUGCAGCUGUGAAGCCGCUCAGUUCCAGCGGCAUCCUGCAGGAAAGCCCAGCCAAAAGAGCAGCUGUGGCUGUUGUCCCACUCCUCUCUGAGGACAAAUCAGUCACUGUGCCUGAGACAGAAAAAACCAGGGACAGUCUUGUGCUGUCUCCAACUCAUUCCUCCUCAGAUCCCUCACCACCAGAAGUAUCUGGCCCUUCCUCAUCCCAGACGGCUACAAAAACUCGCCGACUCAGCUCUGCUUCAACAGGAAAGCCCCCGCUCUCUAUGGAGGAUGAUUUUGAGAAACUAAUAUGGGAGAUUUCAGGAGGCAAAUUAGAAGCUGAGAUCGACCUGGAUCCUGGGAAGGAUGAAGAUGACCUUCUGCUUGAGCUUUCAGAAAUGAUUGAUAGCUGAAGGUGGUAGUGCAAAAACUUUAAAAAAAAAAAAAAAAAAAAACCACACCAAAAAAUU